AUGGCCACACCAGCACCCCCCGCCGAGAUGCGCCGCUGGCAGAUUCCCGCCUCCGGCACCUUCAUCCAGUCCCUCGCCCUCACCACCGUGCCCACCCCGUCCGCCACCGACCUCAAGCCCUCGCAGGUCCUCGUCCGCGUCGCCGCCGCCGGCAUCAACCCCGCCGACUACAAAUUCCCCGACCUCGGCCUCGUUGCCAAGGCCAUGAUCUCCUUCCCCAAGUCCCCUGGCAUGGACGUCGCCGGCACCGCCGUCGCCGUCGGCUCCGACAUCACCGACAUCCAGCCCGGCGACCCCGUCCUCGGCCGCCUCGACCCCCUCGGGCCCCAGGGCACUCUCUCCGAGUACAUCCUCGCCGAGCGCGACGGCUGCGCCCGCCUGCCCACCGCCUCCGGCGCGCCAGACUUCGACCAGGCCGCCGCCGUCGGCACCGCCGCCCUGACCGCCUACCAGACCAUCGCGCCCUACGUCCAGCGCGGCGACAAGGUCUUCAUCAACGGCGGCUCCGGCGGCACGGGAACCUACGGCAUCCAGAUCGCAAAGGCCCUCGGCUGCCACGUCACCGUCUCCUGCUCGACCCCCAAGAUCCCGCUGUGCAAGUCCCUCGGCGCCGACGAGGUCAUCGACUACAAGACCGCCGACGUCGUCGCCGCCCUCAAGGCCCAGGGCAAGGUCUUCGCCCUCGUCGUCGACAACGUCGGCAACGCCCCGCCAAACCUGUACAAGGCGGCCGACGACUUCCUGCUGCCCGACGGCCGCUUCAAGUUCGUCGGCGGCGCCGUCUCCUUCGCGCAGGUCAAGUCGCUCGUGCCGAGCAUGUUCCUCCCCGGGUUCCUGGGGGGUGCCAAGCACCGCUUCGAGGCGUUCAUGACCAAGAACUCGCACCCGGACCUGGCGCAGAUCGCGGCGUGGAUGGCCGAGGGCAAGGUCAAGAGCGUCAUCGACUCGGCGUUCGAGUUUGAGGAUGCGGUGAAGGCGUAUGAGAAGCUGAAGGAGGGCAGGGCGGCGGGUAAGAUUGUCGUGAGGGUAUCUACGAAGGCGUGA